AAUUGUAAUGUUUUUUUUUUCCAUUUUCAGAACCGGCAUAGCACCGCGGACGUGCAUUCAACGGAUGAACCACUUUUCGAUCCGUGUCCGUCGUUUUUGUGCUUUUGCGUUUCACAUGCAUUCAGGGUACACGCGAACAAAUGGUUGACAAAGUGACCGAAAUAGUCAAUUUUGUAAUGGCGAUCGACGUGGUGCGGACGCUGCGGCAGAAAAUCAUCGCCGUGCGCCGGAAGCUGGGCAUCGGCGUGUGCUUGCGCACCGUCGUGUUGAUAUUUUGUCUCACGUUCUUCUGGGUACAGAUGCAUAUGUCUGACGUGGCCGACAACGAGACGAUCCAGAUACUGGCCAAGCCAGACGGACUGCUAGAUGCUAAUGAUUCCAUGUUGCAACUGGUUCCACAGCAUUUGCACAAGUACUUGGUCGCGUUGCCCCAGCGUGACCGUCCGCACCAGGCCAUACUGCCCGGAAAUGCCAGCGAACACAUCGCGACGGCGGUCAGUCUGAACGCAUCCGAAAUACGACGUCUGAUUGAUCAGCAAAACUCCAAGCAGGUCGUUCUCAACGAAGACGUAUACGGCCCGUUACAAAACGAUUCUCUAGUCAUUGUCAUUCAAGUCCACACGCGUAUUAUGUACCUUCGGCACACCAUAGUGAGUUUGGCAAGAGCGCGAGGCAUCGAAAACGCGUUGCUAAUAUUCAGUCACGACCACUAUGACGAACAAAUAAACGAACUGAUACAGAUGAUCGACUUUUGCAAAACCAUGCAAAUAUUCUAUCCGUAUUCUAUACAAACGCAUCCGGGUUCGUUUCCCGGUGAAUCUCCGGAAGACUGCCCCAGAGACAUUGCCAAAUCAGAUGCGAUUAAACGGAAGUGUAUCAACGCUAUGCAUCCGGAUCAAUACGGUCAUUAUCGAGAGGCAAAAUUCACCCAAACCAAACAUCAUUGGUGGUGGAAAGCAAAUAGAGUGUUCAACGAGUUGGACGUCGUCAGUAAUUACUCGGGCCCGAUUUUAUUUUUGGAAGACGACCAUUAUGUAGCAGAAGAUUUCAUAUACAUGUUAAAGUUGAUGGAAAAAUCGUGUAGCGUAGCGUGUCCGCAGUGUAGUAUGUUGUCGUUGGGAACAUACUUGAAAACGUAUAAUUUUUACGGAGAAGCAAAGAAGGAUAUUUUAAGGGUAAUACGUCGACAGCAAAUAUUUGCUGCAGAAUUAACACCACCGUCUUGGAGUUUUAAAAUAGUUCCUUCAUUUUCACAUUAUGAUAAGGUUGAACAGUAUUCCUUAUUUGUACCUACAUUUGUU